CCUGAGACUACUCAAGGUCACAGCAGCUGUGGGUCAGAAGCCAAGGGGGAAUCUGAGGAGUGCCUGCCUGGAUGGAGCCCUCCAGCACCCCUGUGGAGAUGGAGGGUUCAGAUGGGCAGGGGGGUGGAGACAAGCCACUAGAGAAGGUGACCAGUGUGCCCUGCUUAGAGAGAAGCUCUAGCACCAUCCCCGCUGGAGACUCACUCGUCCGCCAUGCCAAGGGCUUGGGCCAGGACACUUUCAAAAUUUGUAAAGAAUACCUUAGACCGCUGAAGAAGUACCUGCGCAAGUUGAACCUGCCCAAGGACCUCCCCCAGAAGAAGAGGCUCAAGUACAUGAAGCAGAGCCUUGUGGUCCUGGGGGACCACAUCAACACCUUUCUGCAGCUUUACUGCCGAGCCUGGGAAAUUAAGCACUGGAAGAAGAUGCUCUGGCGAUUCGUCUCUCUCUUCUCAGAACUGGAAGCAAAGCAGCUUCGCCGGCUCUACAAGUACACCAAAACCAAUCAGACAGCCAAGUUCCUGGUGGCAUUCUGCCCCGUGGACGCGCGAGAAAGAUCCUUGCUGGUGGACCAAGAGGACAGCCUGCCCAAGCUGUGCGAUGCCUGGGGGCUGCGCUGCAACCUCAGUGGCAUGAAGGAGCGGCUGUCCAAGAUGCAGGCCCCGGGCCAUCGCGACGCCAUGUUGGAGGAGCCAAUGGAGCAGGACUCCAUCGGGAUAGAUCAUUUAAAGAAGAUUCCUCAAAGGAUAAAACUCAAGAGGAGAAGGAUUAAGGGGACUCCAGAAACUCCAGCGAGCUGCCCAUAAGAAGAUCCACUGGGACAAAAGGGUCAGCUAUGCCAGCUCCUGGAGAGUCCAAGGGGGGAGGGAACGAAAGAGGGGAAAGAAGAAAUCGUCCUUAUCAAAAGGAUGCUCAGCUCUUAACGAAUGGGGUGGGAAAUAAACAUCAUUAUGACAGUUCUACUAUACUUGGUUAAUAGUCAUUAUUCUGUUUAUCUUUUGCUGUUGUCAUCUGUCAUGGGGCUUGAACUCUGGGCCUGGGCACUGUCCCUGAGCUCUUCAGCUCAAGGCUAGCACUCUAC